AUGUUACCUCAGUUGUCCAAGGUUGGGGACCAAGAGAAAAAGGAUUACCGGCGUGGGCGGAGCUGGCCUCCAACUCAGAAUCCUAACUGUCCCGGCCCAGCCCGUCCCGGCACCCCAGCCCAUUCCUGGUCCGACUCAGCGGCGAACCUGCCCUUCCACCCUGCAGAUCCUGACUGGGCCUCAUACAAGCUGGGGAUUUUCAUCUGUCUCCACUGCUCUGGCGUCCACCGCAACUUCCCAGAUGUCAGCAAAGUUAAAUCCGUGAGACUGGACUUCUGGGACGACAGUAUGGUGGAGUUCAUGACCCACAAUGGAAAUCUCAAUGUGAAAGCCAAAUUUGAAGCCAGAGUCCCAGCUUUCUACUAUGUCCCUCAGGUCAGCGACUGCCUAGUCUUAAAGGAACAGUGGAUUCGAGCUAAGUAUGAAAGACGGGAAUUUAUGGCUGAUGAGAAAGCUGUCUCACCCCCAGGUGAUCGAGAAGUGUUCCUGUGGAAGCGGGGACGCAACAAUGCACAGUUCCUGAGAAGGAGGUUUGUCCUUCUGGCAAGAGAAGGCCUCCUGAAGUAUUACACCAAGGAGAAGGGUAAAACCCCAAAGGCUGUCAUCAACAUCAAGGACUUGAAUGCCACCUUCCAGACAGAGAAGAUAGGACAUCCCCAUGGGCUGCAGAUCACCUACAGGAGAGAGGGCCACACCAGGAAUCUCUUUGUGUAUCAUGACAGUGGGAAGGAGAUAGUGGAUUGGUUCAAUGCUCUCCGUGCAGCCCGCCUGCAAUACCUAAAACUGGCCUUCCCUGAUCUCCCAGAGUCUGAGCUCGUGCCUCUCAUCACCAGGAACUACCUCAAACAAGGCUUCAUGGAGAAGACUGGUCCCAAGCAGAGAGAACCCUUCAAGAAAAGAUGGUUUGCCCUGGAUCCCCUGGAGCGAAGGCUGCUGUAUUACAAGAACCCCUUGGAUGCUUUUGAGCAGGGCCAGGUUUUACUGGGAAGAAAUGGGCAGGGAUAUGAAGUAUGCGAAGACCUGCCCAAGGGCACCCGAGGGAAUCGCUGGAAGGCUGGACUCACUGUCAUCACUCCAGAGCGGAAAUUCAUCUUUACCUGCCCUAGUGAGAAGGAGCAGAGAGAAUGGCUGGAGAGUCUGCGGGAUGUCCUAUCCAGUCCCUUGUCACCCCUCCAACUCCUCAGUGAGAAUCGGGGCUGGGGGGAGGGCCUGGGGGCUCUUUUCAGUGAGGGCAGAAAAGGGCUCUUUCACUGUGGUCCGGGAAGGGCCUGA